AUGAACGUGUUAAAACACUGUUCGAGAAUUCCAUUUGGAAAAAUAAUCAAUUCGCAAGUUGGGAGAAAUUUCAUUGCUCCCAAAAUUAAUUUCAACAUAUUAAAAUCUUCAUAUUCAAGGACAUUAUGGCACAUGUGUUCAUCAUCGAAAUUCAAUGAAGAUUUUCUCAAACCAAAACCGUUAAAUGAAUUAUGUCAAUGCGGGUGUUCAGGUCUUAUACACACGGGAGGUGAAAAUGAUUUGGCUGAUUUUUUAAAAGAGGAAAUAGCACAAGAAAAAAAAGCAUUGAAAAUGAAAAAUUUACCGGCUGAAAUAGAUGGUUUUACCGUAUCCGCCGAUCACGCGGAACUCGUUUUCGAAAAGAAAAAUCAAUUUGAAUCAAUUAUAGUCACCAUGAACGUUAAUCACAGCGUCGACACGGACGAAUCCCCCGAAGAUGACGGUAUGGGUGACAUGAGAUCAAAACCAUCAUUUGACGUUGAUAUCGUCAGAAACAAAAAGACGUUAAGUUUUUCAUGUUCGUUUACCAAUUUCCAAGAUGCCGGUGAAUCAGAAUCAGCAGAUUUGUACCAAAUAAAUGAUGUUACUUAUUUCGAAGGAGAUUGGGAUGACAAAACAUAUUCUGUCGCUGCAGACAUACUCGAUGAAAAUCUAUAUGAUUUAUUUAUGGUUGUUUUAAGUGAAAAAGGAAUAACAAAAAGAUUUGUCGAAAAAAUGUCUGAUAUAGCUACAUCACAUGAACAUUCUCAAUACAUCAAUUUACUCGAAAAUAAAGGUAUUAAUUAUUACACUCGUUGUGAAAAAUGUUAUUAA